UCCUGCAGCCGCACCCAUCCUCAGCCUGUACUCAUUUUACGUCCUCGCCGCUGGCUGUGCGAACUCUCUCUCCAAUCUACAAAGAAAGGUAUCGCCACCAUGCCGGUCCAACGCAGAACAGUCGUAACGACCAACACCAGCUUUUUCAAGUCGCCUGUUGUUAUUGUACGAAUUUUGGCAGCAAUCUUUGCUUGUGUGACCUUCAGCUUGAUAGCACACAAAGGACUUUAUGGCGGCAGUGUUGGAGAUUUGUGCAUGUUCUCCUGGUGUUUCUGCUUCGCAGUCACCGUAAUAAUACUGAUUGUGGAGUUUGCUGGGGUGCAAAAUCGCAUGCCUGUAUCCUGGAGAAACUUCCCUAUUACUUUUGCUAUGUUUGCCGUUCUUAUGUGCCUCUCUGCUACUAUUAUAUACCCAGUGCGCUUUUUGGAGAUGACGAGGUACAGUAGUGAACAUCGGACUUACCAGAUUGUGGCCAUUGUAUUUUCUUGCCUGACUACUUUGGCUUACAUAAUUGAAGUGUCUCUGACCAGAGCUAAGCCUGGUGAAGUUACUGGAUAUAUGGCCACCACUCCAGGACUUUUAAAAGUUAUUGAGAGCUAUGUUGCCUGCAUUAUAUUUGUUUUCAUUUCUGAUCCACCCCUCUAUGACCGUCACGAAGCACUUAAAUGGUGUUUGGCGGUUUAUUGCAUAUGUUUUAUUCUUUCUGUUGUAGUAAUUAUUUUGUGUGUAGGUGAGUGUACAGGAUGGUUGCCUUGUGCAUUCAAUAAGUUCCUCACUGGUUAUGCUCUGUUAGCGGCCAUCCUUUAUGCCACCGCCAUGAUCAUCUGGCCUAUCUAUCAGUUUGACAAGAAGUACGGUACCCCACACCGGCCAGGAGGUUGUGGCAACCUUUCACGUGGAAUCUGUCCCUGGGAUAAGAUGGUUGCAAUUGCUAUCCUGACAGCUAUCAAUCUUGUUGCUUACAUCUUAGAUCUUGUGUUUUCUACAAGACUAAUAUUCAUUACUACAGCAAGUGUCUAACUCCUAAAGAGGUAUUCAUAUUUUAGAAGUCUGGGUUUUAUGCAGCCUUAACAAAUAUAUGAGAAACCUUUUUUUUUACCUGAUUUAUCAAUGCCCCACAAAAAAAA